AUGGUCGAUCUCGUGAGCUACUUGCUGUCGGAACCGCUGGUUGAUGACAAUGGUGCCCCUCUGGACGACAAGAAGUGUGAUGCAAGUCUGCGCAGACUGGUCGAUUACAUGCGAAAGCUCAAGGCUCAGGAUGUGCCGCAGCAGGUCCAGGGCAAGCCCUUGGUAGAUGCAGUCCUGGCGCAACAGGUGGCGCUGGUCGCCAACUUCCUCACACACUUCGAUCCUGUCCAGGCACGCUAUGUCGGCCCCGAGAUCCAACAGCUACUGGUCUGGCUGGCAAACUACUACGAACAUUCAAGAGAUGUACGACUUUGGCAAAAUACCUCCCUUCCGUGUUUGACUGACAUCUGUAUUAGGNCAUCCGUCAUUCCCUACGUUGCGACUGCCAUCCUUCGCCUAGACCCAGAGUCCAGCACCCUCACAUCGAACCAUCUUCUUUUCGUGCGACUAUGUCUGUCAGCCCGUCUGCCACGCCAGGCCCUGCCUAUCCUUGACAAGGACAUCUACAACCUCCCCACCGAUUCACAAAGGNGCGUCGAUGACCGUCUGCCAUGCGCCGACCACGAACUCAGUGCCACCUUUAUCACAAAGUCGUCCCACAUCUCAGCAACCCUGACUGCCUCAGACGUCCAUGAAUACUACUUGUUGGGCGCACACGUCUACAUCGGCCUGCAUCGCUAUACCCGCGCUCGUCUCUUCCUCGAGCUUGUCCUUGGUUCGCCCUCCCAAAAUGUUGCAACUCCUCUGAUGGUUGAGGCCUACAAANAGUCCAUCCUCGUCAGCUUGCUAUCUACCGGUUCUCUUACAUUCACCAAAGGUUUGAUCAACACUCAGAUGAUCAAGACCUACUCCAGUUUGUCCAAGCCGUAUGAAGUUCUUGCAGAUAUCUUCAAGAAGCGUGAUGUCCUACGUCUCGAUGCUGAGAUUGCCGCUGCAACUGCUAUUUGGGACGAGGACGGCAACACAGCCAUCGUCAACCAGGUUGCCGACUCAUUGCGCCGAUACCGUGUCAUCGAUCUGCAAAAGACUUACGCAGCCCUUCCCAUCGAGACAAUCGCGGUUCACCUCAACCUUACUCCACCAGCCACCACCACUCUCCUCAGCACCAUGAUUCGUGACGGUCACCUGAACGCCAUGCUUCCUCCGCCUAUUGCGGGUGCUGACAACAAGCCCGUUCUUCGCUUCCUCUCGCUCAAUCCCAAUCAGCCAGCUGUCGACCAAGACGCUCUCUUGAAGGAGAAAUCCACCCACAUUGAGCAGCUUGCCAAACACGUUCGUGAAGCCGAUCGUAGACUUGCCAUCCAGAAAGAGUUUGUCGAAUUUACUCGCAGAAGCAAGCGUGCCGAGACUGCUGGUGCUCAAGGCUACGAAGAUCCGAUGGACGUGUGGGAUAUACCCGAGAACGGUGACCAGGAUGAAGACAUGAUGGCCGACCUUUGA